AUGCAACGAGAUCACUCGGAGACUGAACAGCUCAAGUCAAAAGUGGCUCUUCAAAAGAUGGCAAGGCCGAUGCCAACCGAUGACUUUGUUAGCGAUAUGGAUCGGCGAAAACGAGUGCGGGAGAUUUUACUACAUAUUUUGUCAAAGCUCAAAGUCAAGGACCCGACCAAUUUCCUUCAUCAGAAACCAUGUUCUCUUCUUUAUCCAAACUACCCUUUCAAUGCCCACUAUGACAUGACAAAUGUAGCGGAUAAAGUGAAUAAAAUGUGCUUUUUCAAUAUUCAUCAGUUUCGUCAGGCAGUUUCCAAGGUCUGCAAGUGUCAGACAGACUUCUUUCCAUCAAACACGAUUCGUCACAAGUUUGCGCUGAAAUUCGACCAGUUUGCCUACAAGAUCACAGCUUAUCGAAAUCUUCUUGACUAUUGCGAGGAAAUAGGAAUCGACGAAGAACUCCCCAAACGCCAGCUUCGCGAUAUUCUCGUCGGUAACCAGAUCGAUACGGAGCUUCCAAUCUCGCCGAAAGAUGAACAAGAGGAUGAAUAUUUCUCCUCUCAAAUGUCCAUGGCGAUUGAGCAAAACGUUGGAUCUCCACUUGCGCCUGGCGAAACAAGACUCAACAUUCUACAAGCAGAUGCUCAACCUACUGUAUAUAACAUGGAUGGGCGACCAAUGACGCUUGCUGAUAUCACAGGCCGCGUUCAUGGUGCUGCAGAAUUUACAAAGAAAACUCGAACGAUUGAAGACCGAGCCUUCCUGAAAAGUUACAUGAGUUACGGACCGUAUUCUUCAUUUGCACCGGUCUUCGACUCCCGAAAUGCAACACUAGACAAAGAAAUGACGGAUAUGAUGAUAGGCACACGAAAAGACCCAUUUCGAGAAGACCUCGAAAAGAUCGCUAAUGCUGAUGAAUUCACGAUCACUGACUAUCUAGCAAAGUCAAGUUUGGGCAAUGAAAACGCGGAGAAAGAAUUGCUUGAUGAAUUGACUUAUCACGAGCCAAAGGCGGAUCAGCUUGAAACCCUCAAGGACCUUGGCAUCGACAUCAGCUUCUUGGAUGCGUUUAAACCUGGUGCAUCUGAACGUGUCGAAAACAUUCAGAGCCUUUUGGAUUACAUUGCUGAUGUUAUUCCUAAACUUAGGAAAGGGUCGUCAACUUUCUCUAACGACCUGGCUGACGAGGCCAUUGCCGCAAUUACAAAAGUGCUCAAGCUCACUGCUCCAGGCGCGGCUGUCUCCGUAACAGCACUGCGAAAGGCAAUGACAACCGCGUCAUAA